AAGCUUGAACGGCAACAAAUAAAACAAACGAAUCGCAGAAUUUGUUCAAAAAUCAUACAAUUUUGUUAAAGUCUGAUAGUUUUCAUAAAUUACUACGUAAUUAAUAGUUCAGAGAUUUAACUAACAUGCAAGUUAGUGAGCGAAAUCUAUUGCCUUAGUUAAAAACAAUUUGGACACAACAUUGUUUUUAGUAUACGCAUAUGUUUUUAGUGCACACUUAACAAGUGGCAAAAAUAUUAGAAAUUUAACGAAAUGACGGAACAAUGGGUCAACGACAAGCUUCACGAUAUCCUGGGGAUGAGCGACCGGACGGUGGCCGAGUUUUUGAUUGGUUUAGCAAAAAAGAGCUCUUCUGAAGACGGUCUUAUCAACGCCAUGAAACAGACCGGUGUUAUUAACGUGGAUCCAAGUACGAUAGGAUUUGCGAGAGAGCUGUACCAAAAGGUCCCACACGCUGCAUCGAAAGUGAACCAGGCUAGAAUUAUUGAACAAAAUGCGGUAGCACAACAACGAAAAAACUUGGCGUAUCGGUUGGUUUCAUCUGAUGACGAUGAGCCGAGGCCUUUAUCUGCAGUUCAACAACAGAUGGGAUCGAAGGUUAACAAACGUUCCAAGCAAGAGCACAUAAGACAAAGGAGGGGUAAGCGCUCUGAUUCCGAUGACGAUGAUGAUACCGUCGUACUGCGGAGGACUCAAACUAGCAGUAAACGUGUCAAAAUCGAAGAGCCGGAAGAAGAAGAUGAAUUUGAUAAGAUGGAAAGAGAACGAAACGAAGACAUCAAGGGUCGAGAUGAAUUCGCAAAACGGUUAAAGGAGAAAGAUGAGACAAAAACAAGGAGCAUUGUAGCAAAGUCGGAUAAAAAGGCAUUGGCAGAAGCAGCAUUCCGACUGAAACAUGAAGCUACAAAAAGGGAAGAAAUUGUUCCAGAACUUAGAACCAAGUCUAGAUAUAAGUACCUAGAAAAGCGAAAAGAAGACAAAAUGUUGGAGCUUGAGCUCGAUAUUGCUGACGAAGGUCGAUUGUGGCAAGAAGAUGAAUUGACGGAACGGGAAAAACAAGAAAUAGCCUAUAAAAAGAGAAUUUUGAACUUGGCUAAGGAACACGAAAGCGCAAGAGACAUCAUCAAAGUUCAACGGUACAUGAUGCCAGAAGAACGAAGAGGUAAAGAAGAUUUUCAGUAUGAAGAGACGGACGAGCGUGAAAAGAUCCCCAAUUCCGAGCAGAAAAAGUGGGAGGAUGAACAAAUGGGAUUUGCUCAAUAUAAGUUUGGAGCUAAAGAUGCAAAGAACAAGAAGCCCAAAAAAGAGUACGAUAUAAUUUUGGAUGAGCAAAUUGAAUUUAUCCAAGCUUUAAAGAUGCCCGGAAACCAGAAAGAGAAAGAGAUGGAACUUACAGAAACAGAAAAGAAAAGAAUGACAAUUGAGGAAACACAAAAGAGUUUGCCAAUCUACCCAUUCAAGGAGUCUUUUAUUGACGCAGUACGUGGACAUCAGGUAUUGAUUAUCCAGGGGGAAACUGGAAGUGGGAAGACGACUCAAAUUCCUCAAUACCUCAAAGAUGCCGGAUUUUGUGAUGAUGGUAUGAAAGUAGGCUGCACACAACCAAGACGAGUAGCUGCAAUGAGCGUGGCGGCACGUGUUGCUGAAGAACUAUCGACCAAAUUAGGAAAUGAGGUUGGAUACUCAAUUCGAUUUGAAGACUGUACUUCUGAAAGAACUAUAAUCAAAUACAUGACUGAUGGGAUGCUGCUUCGAGAAUUUCUUGGUGAACCUGAUUUGAAGUCCUACAGCGCCAUGAUUAUUGAUGAAGCCCAUGAACGAACCCUCCACACUGAUGUACUUUUUGGACUGAUUAAAGAUAUUGCACGUUUCAGACCAGAUUUAAAAGUAUUAAUAUCUUCUGCAACUCUUGAUGCUGAAAAGUUUUCCAAUUUUUUUGAUGAUGCUCCAAUUUUCCGAAUUCCAGGAAGGCGCUACCCUGUCGAUAUUUACUAUACUAAAGCCCCUGAAGCUGAUUAUAUUGAUGCCUGUGUUGUGACGAUACUUCAGAUACAUGUGACGCAACCACUUGGGGACGUUUUAGUAUUUCUUACUGGUCAAGAGGAAAUUGAAGCUUGUCAGGAAUUGCUGACAGAAAGAUGUAGGAGAUUGGGGAAUCAAGUAAAAGAAUUGAUUAUUUUGCCUAUCUAUGCUAAUUUGCCAUCCGAUAUGCAAGCAAAGAUAUUUGAACCUACUCCGCCGGGAUCAAGAAAAGUCAUUUUGGCAACCAAUAUUGCGGAAACAAGUUUAACUAUUGAUAAUAUCAUUUACGUCAUAGAUCCAGGUUUCUGUAAAGAAAACAGUUAUAAUGCCCGAACCGGGAUGGAAUCAUUAAUUGUGGUUCCAAUAUCAAAGGCAUCUGCAGAUCAACGGGCCGGAAGAGCUGGUCGAGUUGCUGCUGGAAAAUGUUUUAGAUUGUACACCGCAUGGGCUUACAAACAUGAACUCGAAGAUACUCAACGACCUGAAAUCCAAAGGGUCAAUUUGGGAAAUGUAGUCUUACUUUUAAAAUCACUUGGGAUCAACGACCUUAUCCACUUCGACUUUCUUGAUCCACCUCCACAUGAAACUUUGGUAUUGGCGUUAGAACAGUUGUAUGCAUUGGGUGCACUUAACCAUAAAGGAGAGUUGACUAAACUGGGGCGAAGAAUGGCUGAAUUUCCUGUAGAUCCCAUGAUGGCAAAAAUGAUAUUGGCAUCAGAAAAAUAUAAAUGCUCCGAAGAAAUUCUUUCAAUAUCUGCAAUGCUGAGCAUCAACAAUGCCAUCUUCUAUCGACCCAAAGAUAAAAUUAUCCAUGCGGAUAAAGCGAGAAAAGACUUUUUUCUUCCUGGAGGAGAUCACCUUACCCUUUUAAAUAUUUACAACCAGUGGCAUCAAACUGGAUUUUCGGACCAGUGGUGUUUUGAAAAUUUUAUUCAACACAGGUCCAUGAAGCGAGCCAGAGAUGUUCGCGAGCAAUUAGAAGGGCUGAUGCAACGGGUUGAAAUUGAGUUAAUUUCCAAUCCAUCGGAAACUCAAAAUAUUAGAAAGGCCAUCACUGCAGGAUACUUUUAUCAUACCGUGAGACUAAGCGAUCAUGGACAGUACAAAACUGUGAAACACAACCAAACUGUGAUGAUUCACCCAAAUUCUAGCCUUUUUGAGCAACAACCACCUCCAAGAUGGAUAAUUUAUCACGAGCUUGUCUUUACAACAAAAGAGUUUAUGAGGCAAGUUAUUGAAAUAGAAAAUUCAUGGUUGCUGGAAGUUGCGCCACAUUACUACAAAGCCAAGGACCUUGAAGAUUCGAAAAUGAAAAAGAUGCCUAAAGUGAUGGGAAAGGCUAAAGAUGAUUUAUCAAGAUAGUAUAAUACCAUAGAGUAGGUUCAAAGAUUUUUAUAUCAAAUUUCGUUAUACAGAUCACUGAUUGAUUAUUAAUUGAUGAUACGUAAUAAACAGUUUUUAUUUCUAUUAUGAA